GCCCCGCCCUUGAAAUGUACACCUCGUGGGUCAGGCGGAACGAGUCAGUUUCAAACACAUUCCCCCCGCUCGAUUUCUACCUCGCGUGGAUUUCACAAGAAAAGCCAGAGGUUUCAAGAGGUAUAUUUUCUAUUUGUAUAAACCUGAUAGACAGGAGAGAAAAAGCGGAUUAGGAGGGAAUUAUGGCUUCAUUGAGUGACGAUUGUUCGAAGGGGAUUUCGAACGGGGAUAUCUACCUGGACGAGAAAGCUGCAAAUGGCAACAAAGUAUCAGACGAUGGCAACAAUGUAGCGAGAAGCGGCGACAAUGUGUCGUUCAGAAAGCCUGAGGCCGCCGGCAAGAUGAGGAAAAUCAAGGGUUGCAUCAGCUCCAAUCUGCUGGUGAUCCUGACCGUGAUCGGGGUGAUCACCGGGGUAGCGAUCGGCCUGUCGGUGAGGAACCUCCACCUCAGCCGGGUCCAGAUCAUCUACUUCUCCUUCCCAGGGGAGCUGUUGCUGCGGUUGCUCAAGAUGAUCAUCAUCCCGCUGGUGGUAUGCAGCUUAGUGUCCGGAGCUGCCAGCCUCGACCCCCGAGCCCUGGGCAAGUUAGGAGGCUGGGCGAUGCUUUUCUUCUUCCUGACCACCCUUAUCGCCUCGGCGAUCGGGGUGACCAUGGCUUUUAUCGUCAAGCCCGGGGUCGGCGCUGACGCCAACCCCGAUCUAUCGGGUUUGGAAGAUGCCCUGCCGGAGCCUAAAGAGGUUACAGACUCCUUUCUGGAUCUUGUAAGAAACAUCUUCCCCUCGAACCUUGUCUCAGCAGCUUUUGAAUCGUACGCUACAACUUACCAGGUCAUCACAAGAUCUGAGAAUGUCACUGAUGAGUUUGGAAAUGUUACAGGCAACGUGACUAAACUGUUAAAGAUUCCCAAAGGAAGCAGUGCAGAUGCUAUGAACAUCCUGGGGCUGGUUGUCUUCGCCAUUGUCUUUGGGAUCGCUCUGCGGAAACUGGGACCAGAGGGGGAGAACCUUAUCCAUUUCUUCAACUCCUUUAAUGAGGCCACCAUGGUCCUGGUCUCGUGGAUCAUGUGGUAUGCUCCUUUUGGUAUCAUGUUCCUGGUUGCUGGAAAAAUCGUGGAGAUGAAAGAUGUCCGCAUGCUUUUUACCAGCCUCGGGAAGUAUAUCUGCUGCUGCAUAGUGGGGCACCUCAUUCAUGGCUUGGUCGUGCUGCCCAUCAUCUACUUUGCCUUCACUCGUAAAAAUCCUUACAGCUUCCUGUGGGGAAUCUUCACAGCUCUGGCCACAGCCUUUGGAACUUCAUCCAGUUCUGCCACACUACCCCUCAUGAUGAAAUGUGUGGAGGAGAGUAACGGUGUCAGUAAGCAAAUCAGCCGCUUUAUUCUGCCUAUCGGUGCCACAGUGAACAUGGAUGGUGCUGCCCUCUUCCAGUGUGUCGCUGCUGUGUUCAUUGCCCAGCUCAACAAUGUCUCGCUCAACUUUGUCCAGGUCAUCACGAUAUUAGUGACGGCCACUGCCUCGAGUGUUGGCGCUGCUGGCAUCCCUGCAGGAGGUAUCCUGACGCUUGCCAUCAUCCUGGAAGCUGUGGGGCUGCCCACGAAAGAAAUAUCACUGGUGCUCGCUGUUGAUUGGCUGGUGAUGGUGGAGGUCAUGGGAUUGGAAGGCGUUGUUUAAAGGAGCCUUGACAAACGUCUGCAGUGCAUCUUGUCGGUGGUGGAGGGAGUGGAUGUCGAAGGUGGUGAAAUGGGUUCCAGUCAAGCUGACUGCUUUGUAC